UCCUUUAUCGUCACCCAAAUUAUUAUUAAAUUCAUUUAAGAUAAACAUAAAUACAAUAUUCUACGUUUAUUUUAUACAUUUUAAGUGUUCUACCAAGUUCAAGAGCCACCACCCAACAACAACAUAGAUUUAUUCUUUCAUUCAUCCUCUUCAACUAUUUUCCUAAAAAAAAAACCACAACCUCUUACCUACCUAAUUGCAUUUUACACAUGGAUUGUUUGGUGAUGCCAGUUUCAUUAAUUCGUCGAAGAUCCACCACAGGUUCAAGGUUUGGUUAUAAGCCACUAACCAAUGAUGGUUUGUUGGAUCAUCAAGAUUCCGACAACCGCGUCACGGUGGUUGUCGGAAAAAACAAGAAAGUGUUCCUUGUAGACCCUAAUAUAUUACAAGAAAAUCCAUUUCAGGUUUUGAUGAAUAUCUCUAUGAAGAAGGAUCCAUCAAGUCAUCAUCAUCAUGAUCAUCAUGAGAGAGUUAUCUUUGUGGAUGUUGAUGAUAUUUUGUUUGAGCACAUGUUAUGGCUUAUGAACAAUGAUACAUCUUCUUUGUUUCAGCUUAAUUUGAAGGAUAUUGUUGAUUUCUAUAUGUAAUCUUCUAAAUUACAGAGUAUUAUAGUUUUUCCCAAAAACAGAGGUACUAUGUUAAUUUUACAAUUUUUUGUUCAUAUUUCAUUGUUACAUAAUAAACCUUAGGUAAA